AUGGCUCUGACGGCGACGGCGCAAUCUGCCCUGCGAGAGCCAGCGUGGGAUGAGGUGAUUGUGCCGACACUUCGUAAACGCUUGCAGGAUGAGAGCAAAGUGCUCGCGCGGAGGAUCUCUGCUGCCUCAGUUGGGUCGGCCGACGAUCUUUCCGACCUGUACAACUCCAACGCGUUUAUAUCGCGUCAAGAUGCCGCCACGCCGCCGGCGCAGCAUUCAUCAAAUCAUAAACCUAGCGCUAUUCCUCGGCCAAGCCUUCAGCAGUCAAGGACAGCAAUGGACUCGCCCAACGCCGUCGGACAACCGCCCCAACCGCCGCGUUCUCGAAGCCUGUCGCAGCCAUUGGCCUUCGAUUCCCCGAAGCCAGCAGAAUCACCGCACUUGCAAACAGGAUCUUCCUCUUCUAGGCCCACUUCUCCCAUGGUGAACGGCAGAACUCGUAUCCCAGUCUCACGUGGGAGGGCAGGUAGUGCCUCGAGCCAUGCUCGGGGCUCUACCAAUGGGAGCAAAACUGACGAAGAUUUCUGGCCUGCAGAGGGAGGGCCGCGGUCAUACAGCACACGUACAACAGUUCGGAUGCCACGGCAUAAAGCAUCUGAGCUCUUCGACGAGCCUGCGCCUUAUAGCGCGAACUCUUCAGCAACGUCACACCCGGAAUAUGAGCAAGACAACGUCGCAUGCUAUCGUAUAUCGUCAGAUUCGGAGGAGCGUCCGUAUGAGCAUUGGUAUCGCGGCGACGUGUCUCGCAAUGGGGGUGUGGGUGAACUACGUGUCGGUAAGCGUGAGGAGAUGCUUGACAUCGCGAGUUAUGGACAUUCGUUCCGGAAGGCAUCGUCUCGGCUGGUGUACAACGGUUACACCAGAUCACGGUCUAACUCCACGCAUCAAGAUCUGGCAGCAUCUCAGAUCGCAACCAGGCGGCGAUCAGGGAGUAUGGGCGCAAUGUUAACACAGAGUGCAUACUCCGACGACGAGGAUGCGCACGCUCAAGACCUGAGCAGGACGCUCAACGAUGAGGAUGUGAGCAACGUGUUGGAUGAGCAUCCCCCGACAGACGUAGAAAGCACUGAGGAGCAAGCGCUCGAACCCUACAACCAGGACGUUGUGCCACAUCCCAACGGCACCAUCUCCUCGCCUUCGUUGGCUCUCAUUCACCCACAGGCUGGACAUCACGACCCCGGCCGGCAGCGAACAACAUCGACAAGCAUAUCCCGAAUACCGACACCUACCUCGCAACGACAGAGGUCGCCGAUACCACGUACGCCUACUCCCACGAAAGCUCUUGCAUCUUCUGCUACCUCGUCAACACGCCUGCAACCCCUUCCGCGCUCCCAAUCGCAACCACAAACGCAGAUUGUCAGCCAGCGCACGGCGGCGAAGCGGCGUGCGAAGAGUCCCGCGACGUCAACACCUAGUUCGGCUGCGAAGAAGGCGAAGACAAAAUCGCCUCCCUCCGCCCACAGAAAGAUUAUCCAUACCGUCGAGAACAGAAGAUCAAUCGGACAGUACCCUACACCUGAUGGCGAUGGUCUGGUGGAUGCAAUUCCUUAUUGGACGCAACCAGUACCUCCAUCGGGCAAUUGGGAUGACGUGGUCUUGCCCGUGGUUGCACGAAAGAAAGGUCUAGAGUCCCAUUAUGUCCCAGCAGAUGGAAGCCCGCGACCGCGGAAAACAAAUAGUGGGAUCUACGAACCUGCUCCAGGCACGUUUGGAUAUGAUCCUUCGAAAGCUCGGCGACGUGAACUGGGAAAAGAAGUGGAGCAGAUUCCGAUGGAGGAGCUCGACCAGAAGGUGGAUGUGGUAACGGAAGAGCCCUCGCGUGUCACUGAGUCGCCGAAGCCACAGCCGCCGCUGCAAAUGCAACCACAAGCACAACCAGAGUCAACGCCGAUACCGAGUUCAAAUAGCGAGCUGGAUCGCGCACGGUCCCGGCCGUCUCUUCCACCCUCACCCCCACCAUUUGCUCAUUACGCCGCCGGCACUGCACCACGGCCAAUAGACCCUCCGAUCGUGCAGGCCUUUCCCGAGGCACAGGCUAUUAGGCAAGAUGUUCAAGAAGACGGCGGAGGCUCCGGUUGUUGUAAAUGCAUCAUCAUGUAG